AUGGCACGCGAUGCUAACCUGUCCGAGAAGGAGACUCUCGACCAUGCUGAAGUUGAGAAGUCAGGUAUGGGCGAUGGCCUCGACGAUGAGAACCUACCGAGGUACGACGACAAGGAAACGAAGCGAGUUCUACGCAAGGUCGACUAUAGAUUAGUACCCAUGCUGACCCUACUCUACGUACUUGCUUUCCUCGAUAGAAGCAAUAUCGGCAACGCUAAGAUUGCGGGUAUGAACGAGGAGCUCGAAUUGACCGGCACGCAGUACAAUAUUGCGCUGACGGUCUUCUUCUUUCCCUAUGCAAUCUUUGAGGUACCAUCGAACAUCGUGCUGAAGGUAAUGCGACCCUCAUGGUGGAUCGCUAUAAUGAUGUUGGCCUGGGGAGUCGUCAUGACCCUGCAGGGGAUCGUUCAGAACUACGAGGGUCUUGUAGCUACCAGAACCAUGCUUGGCCUGGCAGAGAGCGGAUUCUUUCCUGCUGCAACAUACCUGUUAACGACUUGGUAUGCUCGUUUCGAAGUGCAAACUCGCCUUGCCAUCUUUUUCUCAGCGGCAUCGUUGGCCUCCGCAUUCAGUGGUCUCCUGGCUUUCGGUAUCGAACACAUGGAUGGCGUCGGAGGGUAUUCAGGAUGGCGUUGGAUUUUCUUGUUGGAGGGCAUUGUCACCUGCGUCGUCGCAGCGGUCCUUCCUUGGACCCUACCAGAUUCCCCUGCCACUGCCAGCUUCCUCACACCUGAAGAACGAGACUUCAUUGCCCGACGUCUCGUACAAGACUCCGGCACAUCCGCCGGCAAAGUAGGCACCACCGAAGGCUUCAAUUGGGCCUACCUCAAGUCCGCGCUACUGGAAUGGAAGAUCUGGUUUGCGGUUUUCAUCUACUGGGGUAACGCCAUAACGAUCUACGGCUUCACAUACACGGCUCCCACGAUCAUUCUCCAGCUCGGCUACACGAGCGCCAAUGCCCAGCUUCUGACCAUCCCAAUCUAUCUGCUAGGAGCGAUCGCUACCAUCGUCGUCUCCCGCAUUGCUGAUAAGCGGCAGUCUCGCUGGCCCUUCAUCAUUGGACCUUACGCCGUCGCAGCCGUGGGUUUCAUUGGACUGCUCUCCAUCCCGCAUCCCCGCUACCCGGGCCUCACCUAUGCCUUCCUGUUCUGCAUCCCCGCCGGAACUUACCCUCCGCUAAUCGGCUGCCUCUCCUGGGUCGGCAACAACAUCGCGCCAUCCUGGAAGCGAGCAGUCGGUAUGGCGCUGUUGAUCAGCCUUGGCAACCUCGGCGGUGCCAUUGGAUCCAACGUUUUCCUGCAGCAGCAGGCACCGCACUACUGGCUGGGCUAUGGGAUGGGGCUUUUCAACGUAACGGCCGCCAUUGUGGCUACGCUGGUGCUCAAGACGGUGUACCUGCGGCAAAACCGCAAGAGGGAUGCGAUCAGUGAGCAAGAGGUCCGUGCGAAGUACACUGAUGAGGAGCUCAUGGUGUUGGGAGACAAGAGCCCGCUGUACCGGUACGUAGUUUAA